AUAAAAACAAACUCGUUUAAUUAUGUCAGUGAUUGAAGAAAAUGCAUGCACAAGGAUGGGCCAGGAUUCAAAUCAGAUCUCUCCCUUCAUGCAAUGUGCUAAGUUUGGCGAACCAAACUGUACUCCAUCUCAGCAAAUUGACCUUCUUGGUGUUAAAGAUGAUUACUUCAAGUCUGUACAAGUAAAUUCAAAGGAGGAUAACUCAGAAGAUAACUUCUUGCAAUACUGGGACAAGCAGGGAGAUAAUUGCCUUGCCAAGCAAAAAGGAAUUUCUCUAGAAGGACCUGUAGGCCAAGUCCUUUGUGAUUUCGAAGCUGGGAAUCCCGUUGAAGACUCUUUCAAAUCUCAGGAAAGCUUUGAUGAUGAAAAUGCCUUCUAUAACCCUGAUGCUGAUAGUCUUGAAGAAUUCUUUGGGGAGACCCCAAAGAACUUCGAAGAAAUCAUUGACACCUGCCGAGGUGAUAACUGCCAUUUUAAUGGUGGUAUUGAAGAAGAUAAUAUAAAAAGAGAUAACAACUAUUCAAGGAAGGCAGUAGUUGAAGAGACUUGUUACCAACAUCUUUCCAAGAAGCAGAGAAAGAGAGAUGCAAAGCUAGCCAACAAGGUUAGGUCAGAUAUAUGUUUCUCCAAUAAUUUGGGAAGAGAAUCUUUUGUAAAAAGAUCGAAAUCUGAUUCAACUCAGUUGAGCAAAGAAUCCAAUUCAGGAUUGAUUAUUAAAAUCAGAGCUGGCAAGGAUGUGCUUGCAAAUGAGAAAUUCUCUGCUCAAGAAGUAGAUAAAGACCUGUCUCAAAGCUCAAUGAAUGACGCGGGGAGUAAGGUAACAGCUCCUAGAUCUUCUUGCUCAGCUUCCACAAUUGGCAAUGAGAGAAUUGAAGAAAAGAGUAGCAAGUUCGAUGAGUGCUCAGUGAGCUUCAUUGAGCUUGAGAAUGAUACUAAGAUCUUCUGCAGAAGCAUUGGGCCUCUGAAGGCUAACGAAAGAAAGCAGAAGGUCCUUCAUUAUCUUGAAAAGAAAAGAUCUCGCAAGUGGCAUAAAAGGAUUAACUAUAACACCAGAAAGCAAGUUGCAGACAUCCGUCCAAGAUAUAAGGGAAGGUUUGUUACAACCGAGCAAUAUGAGGAGUUCAAAGAGAUAGAAAGAAAGAAGAAUGAGGAGAAACUGAAACAAAAAGUUUUCAAAAUUGAGAGGAUUCAUAGAUAACUCUCUUCUUCAUGAAGCCCAUAUUUUAAGUUUAAUUAAUAAUAAAAUGUAAUCA